AUGCACAUUCCCGAGGAAGCGGAUCUCUUCCGCAUCCUGCAGUCAGUUCAAACCAAGAUGGAAGGAGCGAAGGUCUUCAUCCCAGACAAGGAGCACGUGUGGCUUCCUGCGUCUGUGAAGGGCAUCGAAGGAUCUGUGGUCACCGUCAAGGUCGAGGAUGUCGAGACUGGCGGCGCGCCUGUAGCGAACAUGUCGUUGGGUGCAUCGGUUGUGGGCAAGGUCGUGUCGGUAGACUUGUCCAAGACAGACGUGAUCAACGUGAUUCAAGCCCGAACGGUCAAAUCGUCGACCGCGAACACGUCCAUCAGCCUGCCCCUCCAGAACAAGGUCAUGACCAAGACGCACGGGUUCGAGGACAUGAUCUCCGUGGACCAUUUGCACGAAGGCGCGAUCCUGUACAACCUCCGGCAGCGUUUCUUCAACCUCCUUCCAUACACGUAUACGGGCAAGAUCUGCAUCGCCGUCAACCCGUACCAGUGGCUCCGUCUGUACAGCCCCGAGACGAUGCAACUCUACAUGGACGGGUCCCGCGAGAACAAGGCGCCGCACGUGUACGCGGUGUCAAUGGAGUCGUUCUUCCACAUGCGCACGCACACAAUCAACCAGUCGAUCCUCGUGAGCGGCGAGUCGGGCGCGGGCAAGACCGAAACGACCAAGAUCAUGAUGAACCACGUCGCGACGUUGGCGUCCACGUCCGACAUGUCAAUCAUCCAACGCAUCAUCCAAUCGAACCCGCUGCUCGAAUCGUUCGGGAAUGCCGCCACCGCGCGCAACGACAACAGCAGUCGCUUCGGCAAGUUCACCGAGCUCCAGUUCGACGUCCGCGGCCAUCUCAUGGGCGCGCGCGCACACACGUACCUUCUUGAGAAGAGUCGCGUGACCCACCAAGCCCCUGGUGAGCGCACGUUUCACAUUUUGUACCAAGUGUUGGCCGAAGCGUCGACGCUCCCGCACUUGCAUCUCGACGCAUCGCGGCGGUAUCGGUACGUCCAGCAAGACCCCGCCGACAAAGUCAAGCUCGAGCACUCGUGGGCCGACACACAGAACGGACUGACGAUCGUCGGCAUUGCCGACGCCAUGCAAAGCGACUUGCUGCGUGUGCUGGCGGCGAUUUUGCACCUUGGCGAGUCGGAUUUUGAAAUGGUCGAGGGGGACGUCGACUCGUCGCAGGUGGCGGACGCGGCCGUGCUCGCGACCGCGGCGGACCUGCUCGGACUGCCGGUGGCCCACCUCGAGAAGGUGCUGACAUUCCGCAGCGUGAUUGUCGGGCGCGAAGUCAUCUCCAAGCCGAUGACCGUCGAUCAGGCGCGCGACUGCCGCGACGCCGUGGCCAAGUCGCUGUACUCGUCCUUGUUUACGUGGCUCGUGGACCAGAUCAAUGCCGCGAUCGGCGUCGGCCACGCAUCGCAUUUCAUCGGGAUCCUCGACAUCUUUGGGUUCGAAGCGUUCGUGCACAACUCGUUCGAGCAGCUGUGUAUCAACUAUGCGAAUGAAAAGCUGCAGCAAAAGUUCGUUCAGGAUGUGCUCAAGACAGUGCAAGUCGAGUACGAAGAGGAGGGUAUUUCGUGGCACCACGUCACAUUUGCCGACAACCAGGACGUGCUCGACCUGAUCGAAGGCCGCCUGGGGGUACUCAGCCUCCUCAACGAAGAAAGCAGCCUUGCCACCGGCACGGACGCGUCCUUCGCGCACAAAUUGUCGGCCGUGAUGGACAACCACGCGCGCUUCGAGACCCCGCGGCUGCACUCGUCUGCGUUUAUCAUCUUGCACUAUGCCGGCAAAGUGCUGUACGACACGAACGGAUUUCUAGAUAAGCACCGCGACGCCCUCUUGCCCGACAUCAAAAAAGUACUUGGCGAAAGCUCCGUGCAUCUCGUCCGCACCAUGUUCCCCACUGACAUGACUUCGUGCCACCGAUCGCUGCAUCGGCAGUCGUCGUCUGCGACGCAUCAUCAUGCUAAACGCGGCCCUGGCGUCGCCGCCACCCGCGCCGUGACGGUGGGCACUCAGUUUAAGGAAUCCCUCGCCAGACUCAUGGACAAAAUUUCUCACACAAACGUGCAUUAUGUGCGGUGCAUCAAGCCCAACUCGGUCAAAUCGCCCCAUGCAUUCCAUCAUGAAUCGAUCGUGGACCAGUUGCGGUGCGCGGGGGUGAUUGAAGCGAUUCGCGUGAGUCGGUCCGCAUACCCGAGCCGCCUCCCCCACGUCGACUGCAUCAAGCGGUAUGCGAUCUUGGCGCCGGCGGCCCUCGCGCGGCGGUUGCUGGCCGAGGUCGACUUUGUAGCCGACCCCAAGGCCCAAUGCAGCGAUCUCAUGGGGAAUCUGUUUCCCCACGGGCACAUCGUCGACUACCAAGUGGGACUCAGCCGGGUGUACUUUCGCGAGAGCAUUCUGGACGACCUGGACAAGCGUCGGGGCGUGGCUCUGCGCCGGUUUGCCAUCCGCAUCCAGACCACAGUCAAGAUGUUCCUCGCCCGACGCCGGUUUGUCAAGCAGCGCGCGGCAAUUGUGGUCGUCCAGGCGCGGGGGCGGGGCUUCGUGCAGCGUUCGCGGUUCCGCCGGGUACGGCGGGGGGUGGUAGCGCUUCAGGCGGUGGUCCGCGGCCGCCGCGCCCGCCACGACGUGCUCCAACUGCGCCGAGUCCGCGCCGCCACGAAGUUGCAAGCCGCGGCUCGCAUGCAUCGCCAACGGACGCAGUACCUCCGCGAAGUGGCGUCAAUCUCGACGAUUCAAUCGUUCUGGCGAACCAUGUACCGCCGUCGCAAGCUGGCGAAACGGAUGGCCCAGGAACAGCAGCAGCGGGCAUUGGGGUCCAAGGUGCUGCAUCUGCAGUCGCAAUUGGGCGGCGGCGGGGCUGCUGCCGGUGCCAAGUCGGUAAUGGCGACGACCACCAAUACCAGCACGACCAGCACCACCAGUACGAGUAGCAGCAGCAGCACCACCGCGUACAGUCCGCCGCACAGCGCGACCAACCGCGCGAGCAUGACCACGCGGCUCUUUGACGAGUCGUCGCAGGUGCUGGGGACGCUCGCGGCGGACAACGAGUCAUUGCGGGAGCGCGUGGCCCGUCAAGAAAGCGAGAUCAACGCUUUGAAAGAAGAAAACCGCAAGAUGAGAGAGGCGCUCCAGGCCAAAGAGGUCGAGGACAAGGUCAAGAACUUGUCGCAGAGGUCCCAAGAGGCAUCGCAGGUCGCGUACUUGUCGCUUCUCGAAGAAGAGUACGAAAAGCUGCGGGGGUUUGUCUGCCAUUUGUUUGAGUUGCCGGUGGACACGGGGCUCGUUCGGGCGCCAUCCGUCAAGGAGAUUGGCGUUGUGGAUGCCAAGGCGCCGGCAGCGACGUCGUCGUCGGUGGACAUGACCGCCGCUAAACACGAGGCCAGUACGCUGCUCCACCGCAGCGCCGCGCGCCUCCACCGGCUGCGAUCGAAGGAAGGAACCAACCCCAAGCGAGGCAGCGCUCGGCGGGUCAAGGACUACUGGGACGAAAUCAAAACCAACGCGGCGCCGCUGCCGUACACGCUCGGAUCGACGCCGUGGAAGCGCUUGCUCACAGACUGGGCCCAAGGCAACCCGAAAAAACUCGAGUAUAUGAGUCGGUGGCUACAAAACGUGCUUGAAGGCGGCGACGUCGAGCACGGCGGGUUCCCCCUCGGCGUCGAGCUCAAGUCGGUCACGCCCAUGAUGCUGGAAGGGUUCAUGCAGCUCGUGAUUCCCAAACUGGCCGAGCGACAAGACGUCAAAGUCCACGUACACACCAAGGAGUUUAUCGGCACGAGCAUGCGCAUCACGCUCGAAGUCAAGGAAGGCGUGCCGAGAAUGGCGCGGACGUCGGUCAAAGACGGCGUGAAGCCCCGCGAGUCGACGGUGGGGGGUGGAGGCGACCAGUGGGGCCGGAACUCGGUCAUGUCGGUGCGCGAAACGAGCAGCUUUAGCUUUGGGAGCAACGGGAGCGAACACAGUCGCGCCAGUGGCGCCGCCAAAAGCCCGUCCAGAACCUCUGGUGUGAUGACAAACAACCCCCGAAGUUAAUAUAACAUUAAUGAUUACGCAGGUAAUAAUAUAUUGUUGACAUGGAGAAUAACCAAAUGUACCG